AUGUUUCAGAAAAUUAUGGAGCAAAUUCUAUCGGGGUGCAAAAAUGCUCUAAACUUUAUUGACGACAUAAUAAUUUUUGGAGCAUCAGAGAGUGAGCAUGAUAAAGCCCUGGAGGAAGUGAUGAAGAGAUUAAAGGCCUACAAUAUUCUUCUCAACAGCAAGAAAUGCAAGUUUCGGGUCAAGGAAAUUACUUUCCUAGGACACAAAAUCUCCGAACAUGGAAUUGAGCCAGGAGAAGACAAAUUCGCAGCUGUCAGGAGUUUCCGAUCUCCUGAGACGAAGGAGGAAUUGAGAAGUUUCCUUGGGUUAGUUAAUUACGUGAGCAGAUUUAUCCCGGACUGUGCAACUUUAUCAGAUCAACUAAGACAAUUGACACAUGAGAAGGUUACAUUUUUCUGGACGGAGGAACAUCAGACAGCUUUUGAGAAGUUAAAAAACGCCUUAAGUUGUGCAAAAACUCUUUCCUUUUUCAACAAGAAGUAUAGAACACGUUUGAUUGCUGAUGCCUCUCCAGUCGGAUUGGGGUCAGUUCUCCUCCAAUUCCCUGAUAACACUGAUAGUGCGCCAAGGAUUGUGGUCUACGGCAGUAAGAGAUUCACAAAAUGCGAGCGUCGUUACUGUCAGUUGGAGAAGGAAGCUCUAGCUCUCGUGUGGAGUAUGGAGAGAUUUCAAUUUUAUCUGGAGGGAAUAGAGUUCGAGUUAGAAACCGAUCACAAGCCGUUAGAGGCGAUUUUUAAGCUAACUUCUAAACCGAGUGCCCGUUUGGAAAGAUGGAUUCUCCGAAUGCAACGGUUCCAGUACCAGGUGAUAUACCGCAAAGGAAAAAGUAAUAUAGCAGACCCCUUGUCACGACUUCCCGUACCACGCCAAGACCCUGAUUUCGAUACAGAGGAUGCUGUCAUGAUAAGAGCUAUACUGGAUUCCAUUGCGAUUGAUGUUUCAGAAAUAGAGGCAGCAACAGUGGAAGAUGAGGAGAUUACCGCCGUGAAAAGAGCUUUACAUUCUGGGGAUUGGAGUGCCGAUAUACUUAAAACGUACCAGAUUUUUCGGAAUGAACUGAGCUCUGUGGGAGAUGUUCUCGUCAGGAGCACCAAGAUUGUUAUACCAGCUAAGCUCAGAGAGAGAAUGUUAGCAUUGGCUCAUGAGGGACAUCCAGGAGAAUGUGUCAUGAAGAGAAGACUCCGUGACAGGGUGUGGUGGCCACUCAUGGACAAGGAAGCAACAAAGAUUGUCAAGAGUUGUGAGGGUUGCCGCGCUGUGUCAAUGCCUAAUAAACCCGAACCAAUGCAGAGAAGGCAAUUACCAUCAGGCCUUUGGAUAGAUGUCGCUCUGGAUUUUCAAGGCCCACUACCAACUGGAGAGCAUUUGAUGGUGAUUAUUGAUUAUUACAGCAGAUACAAAGAAAUCGAGAUUAUGCAUCAUAUUACCGCGGGGACAACAUGUCAACGACUUGCGAAGAUUUUUAUCCGUCUCGGUUUUCCGAGAACUAUUACAGUGGAUAAUGGUCGCCAAUUCGUGAGUAAGGAGUUUGAUGACUACUGUCGAGUAAGGGGGAUACACCUUAAUACAACGACCCCGUAUUGGCCACAGGAGAACGGGGAGGUUGAAAGACAAAAUCGGUCUGUUCUCAAGAGACUUAAAAUUAGUCAUGCACUCACUAGAGACUGGCGGAAGGAUCUCCAGGAAUAUAUACUCAUGUAUAAUACAACCCCGCACUCUACUACUGGUAAAACCCCAACGCAACUUUUCUUUGGGAGGACGAUUAGAGGGAAGAUCCCUUCAUUAGCUGACGUUGAGACAGCCCCACCGAACACUGAUUUCGCAGACAGAGACCGAAUUUUGAAAGAGAAAGGAAAAGAGAGUGAGGAUCAAAAGAGACGUGCUGGAGUGGGAGAUAUCACUGUUGGGAGCAGAGUAGUAUUGAAGAACGUCCUACCAGGAAAUAAAUUCAGUCCGGUGUUCGAUUCAAAGAUCUAUGAAGUAUUAGAAAAAUCAGGAGCGCGAUUAAAACUUCAGGAAGUGUUAACUGGAAAGGUGAUGUACAAAAACAUUACUCAUGCGAAGAAGGUGUACACUGCUUCCGAAGAAGAUUCUGAUACACCAAGUGAACCUCCACUACAAAUCGAGAAUAUGAUACAAGGUCGUGCCAAAACUUCAUCAUCGUCAGAUUUCUCCCGUCUGUCAGACAACCUCACCACACCUACAUUUCACGAAAGUUUAUGCAGAUGUUUUUGA